AGUUAGGUAAAGGUUUAAGUGUUAAAUCUAACAUUAAAGAUUGAAAUAAUAAUAAUGUCAAUCCUCACAAUAAUUGACAUAUUUGACAAGAUUUUACAUAGAAGUUAUGUUCAAGUCGUUUGCUUUUAAAUGCCCAUGAAAUAGUCUAAUCAAUUUGACAAGUCUAAUCAAUUUAGAGAAAUAUGCAGAAACUAAAUAUAUUUACCUGGUUAAUUAAAAGCAGUGGUGAAUGCAGGCUAAUGACCAUAGUCUAUGUUUGCAUUAAAAUAAAUGUAAAAAAUCUUUCUGCCAAAUGUGAGACCUGAAUAAAACUGAUCUAGAGCCUGUAAAAGUGUUUCUUGAAGGCACAGACUAUUCAUUCUUGCAUCUAGAGAUCUGUUAAUAAGGUUCAGUAAAGCAACAUGUCACCCAACAAUUUUCAUCUGUGGCAGCAAUUCAACAAUUCUUAAUUCAAGGAAAUUUCCAAGAACAUGCUUCCAAGUUCCACUUCUCAAAGGUGUUUUUCCACCCCGCUUCUGAUUUCAUCAAAAACAAAUUAGGUGUGAGGUGUCCAUGGAACAGCCAAUCAGAUAAGAGAGGGUGUAGCCAAAGUUGUAUAAAUACUCCAGGUGAUACAGGUAGCAUGUUAUGGUGCACCUGACCAACCCACCUGAGCUGGACAUACAGUGGGACAAAGAAGACUGAAUUCUUAUAUACCGUGUUUUCAUCUACAGCUGGAAAAACAGAAGGCAACAGACAGAACUAGAGUGAGCAUGACAUCAUUUUUGCCACAAGCCCUGUCACCCCAAUUCCACACAAUGGGCCAGGAAUCCCAAGAGUACAGCCUGUACAAUGACAACUUCUACAGCUCGCCACCUCUGCCGAGCCCACAGCAGACCUUGCCAUCUGCCAGUGACCUGGUGGACUAUGCCACCCCGUCCUCCAACCCUUAUCUGUGGUUCAGUAGCCCUGGGCUGAAUGCUGCGCCCAACCUCGGGGGAGGGCCGCAGCCCUAUGGCAUGCAGAGACCCUAUCUUGGUGCAGGAGGAAUGGGGGGUGCAGAAGGGGCUUUCAGCUGGUUUUCUUUGCCUUCUCAAGAAGACCUGAUGAAACUUGUUAGACCACCAUAUUCUUAUUCAGCUCUGAUUGCCAUGGCAAUAAACGGUGCCAGAAAUCGCAGGCUCACACUCAGUCAAAUCUAUCAGUACGUAGCAGACAACUUCCCUUUCUACAACAAGAGCAAGGCCGGCUGGCAGAACUCCAUUCGUCACAAUCUUUCACUCAAUGAUUGCUUCAUGAAGGUGCCUAGGGAUGAUGAUGACCCAGGAAAGGGCAAUUACUGGACUCUCGACCCAAACUGUGAGAAAAUGUUUGAUAACGGUAACUUCCGUCGCAAGAGAAAGAGAAAAUCCGAUUCCCUGCCUGAAGAAGAGGGAAAAGGCUACACAGAAACAGACUCUACUGCGUCCAGCCCAAAAGACCAGAAUAACACCAGUCACGAAUCCGAGAGAGGACCCUCUCCAGUUUCAGUAGGCACAGCCCCCUGCCUUAAUGGCUUCUUGUCUCAGAUGAAUGAAAUGGUCUCAGGUUCAAGUAGCCUGAGAGAGGGUGCUUUACUCCAAUCAAUGCCACUAGGUGUGUCUCUGGACACUCAAAGGGUCUCUCCAACCGGAGGUUUCGGCUCAUACUCGCCAAGUGCUACAGUACCACAAUGGGAGUCGCAGAUUCCUCCCCCGACUCAAACAAGCAUCUCUUCCUCACCCUCUCACUACACAGGCAGCUACAGUGACUCAAUCCUUAGUCAAUUCAGUAGCAAUCUAUACCCAGGCCUGGACUCUGCUGGCAUGGUGUAUCCGCGGGAAGGCACUGACGUGUAGAGUAAAAGAGGAAUCAAAGUGUGUUUUCCACCCUGCACUUGACAAAGCAGUUGGCUAAAACAGUUACCUAAAUUCCCACAGUGUUGCUUGAGUCAGCAGAUCCAGCAAACACUAAAGGACCCACUCAACCUCUACCCCUCAUUCACUUCACUGUGUGAAUGCUCAGACACUCGGCUCUCAUCCCCAACCGCUGAAAGCAUCUCAUUUCAAGUUACAGCUAAGUAUUUUUGAUGCGCUAAUUAUGGUUUGUUUGGUUUUUUUUUUUGUAAAAUAUUUCCAGUGUAUGAACCAUUGUGUUGUAGUACAUUCACUGCACUGACUGUAAUGUAUUUGUGUGGGGUUUUUUUUAUAUAUAUAUUUUGUUACUGUGAUAUAUGUUUGUGUUUUUAUGUAUCUGUGCAGAAAUAAACCCAAAUGAAACUGA